AUGGCCGCGGAACGUAAAUUAAAGGCUCUCAAGCAACGGCUGAGGAGCAUCUUGGUAUCGUUCAAUUUGAUUAAAACGUUCGUUGACGAAUACGAGGAAGAACAACACGAAAUGGAAGUUCCAGUACGGAUCGAACACCUGGGAACCAUUUGGAAUGACUUCACCAACGUGCAAAGUGAACUUGAAGUCUGCGACAAUCUCGACAAUCCUUCAAUUGACCAAUUAUUAAAACAACGUGCGGAAUUCGAAACCAAUUACUACCGGGUGAAAGGUUUUCUCCUGGCAGUAAAUAAAGCUCCUGAUCCUGUAGCAGCCUCUAGUUCUAACUUGUCGACGAAUUUCCCUGGGCGAUACCCUCAUAUACGUCUUCCCGAUGUCAAAAUCCCAGUGUUCAACGGAAAUUUGGAAUGUUGGCUUAACUUCCACGACCUUUUUGUCUCGCUCGUCCACGCAUCGACAGAGAUUUCUACCAUCCAGAAGUUUUACUACCUACGUUCCUCUCUUACCGGCGAUGCUUUGAAAUUAAUUCAAUCGAUACCUAUUAGUGCGAACAACUAUCCAGUGGCCUGGAAUCUGUUAGUCGACCAUUUCCAAAAUCCAGCGCGUUUAAAACAGUCAUACAUUGACGCACUUUUUGAAUUUACUGCUUUAAAACGUGAAUCCGCAACAGAUCUACAUUCUUUAGUGGAAAAUUUUGAAGCAACGGUAAAGAUUUUGAAUCAACUUGGGGAGAAAACUCAAUACUGGGAUGUUAUGCUCAUUCGUAUGUUGAGCAUUCGACUCGAUCCUACCACCAGGCGAGAUUGGGAGGAUUUUUCUUCGGCACGCAACACUAUUUCUUUCCAAGAUUUGGUCGCAUUCAUUCAGCGAAGAGUAACGGUCCUGCAGAGUAUCGGAAACAAAAUUCCUGAAGGCUUAACUCAAAAUCCACCUAGAAAGUCUAACCCGAAGUCCGUAUCCAGUCUCGGUGCCAUGCAAACCUUCACACGCAAGUGCAUCAUUUGUUCGGAGAACCACCCACUUUACAAGUGCUCUCAGUUCUCACACAUGAAGAUCGAAGACAAGGAGCAGGAAGUGAGACGUCAUCAGUUGUGCCGAAAUUGUUUGCGAAAGGGGCACAUGUCACAAAAUUGUCCAUCUACGAGCACCUGUCGAAAAUGUAAUGGUCAUCAUCACACUCAACUUUGCUUCAAGGAUCAUUCCAAGCCAGACUCUAAACCUGAGCGAAUCUCUCCCAACCCGAUAGACACACAUCAACUUGAACCAACCACAUCCGCUGCUGCUUCUCUCAUUCAAGCUACAACUACUUCAAUCAACAACGGGAAGCUGCUGAAAGUAGUUCUAGCUACAGCUGUUAUCCAAUUGGUCGAUGAUAGUGGAAGAGUCCACGCCGCUCGCGCGCUCUUAGAUUCCGGCAGUGAAUGCUGCUUCAUAACGGAUGCUCUCUCACAGGCUAUGAAAGUUAAUCGAACGAAAAUUUCUCUCCCCAUUGCUGGUAUAGGCCACUGUGCAACAUACGCCAAACACAAACUUCGUGCUACUAUUCGUUCCCGCUUCAAUGACUAUGCUUCCCUGACUGAAUUCUUAGUAUUGCCUAAACUUACCGUCGAACUCCCAUCUGCGGCUAUCGACGUUUCUUCUUGGGACCUACCAACCGAUGUCGAACUUGCCGAUCCAUCAUUCAACCGUCCAGGCCCUAUCGAUGUUGUCAUUGGAGCGGAAAUAUUCUUCGAAUUAUUCAAAUACCGUGAACGAAUUUCCCUCGGAACAACCCUUCCUGUCCUUGUCAAAUCUGAGCUGGGGUGGAUAGUUACUGGAAAGACUUCCUUCAGUCAGCCUAUCACACCGAUUGUUUCCAACGUAGCCACCAUCAGCGAGCUUCAUAGAUUCCUCGAGCGCUUUUGGGAAAUCGAAGAGGAUGACGCUAAACCAGGACCAUCAGUGGACGAAGCCGCUUGCGAGAACCAUUUUGCAGAAACCGUUGCCCGGACUGAUGAAGGUCGCUACGUUAUCCGCCUGCCUACUCGUGAAAUCAUACUCAGCAACCUAGGAGACAACCGCAAGUCAGCAGUCAGACGAUUUCAUUUGCUAGAAGGUAAAAUCAAACGCAACGAGACACUCCAUCAACAGUAUCGAGAUUUCAUGAAUGAAUAUGAAGAUCUCAAGCACAUGCAGAAGAUUUCAUUCAUCACCGGCACGCUGGCUCAAUCCUACCACCUCCCCCAUCAUGCUGUUAUACGAGAGAGCAGUUCAACAACGAAGCUGAGAGUCGUCUUCGAUGCGUCGUGCAAAUCCGCCACCGGUUACUCUCUCAACGACGCUGUUAUGGUCGGCCCUAUCAUCCAAGACGAUUUGCGCGCCAUCAUUACACGUUCCCGAAUGCAUCCUGUUAUGUUGAUUGCGGACAUAAAGCAGAUGUAUCGGCAAAUUCUUGUCGAUACCAGAGAUACACCGUUGCAGAGAAUUGUCUGGAGGAAUCACGACGACGAACCACUAAGCACCUACGAACUGAAAACUGUAACCUACGGUACUGCUUGUGCGCCCUUCCUCGCGACAAGAGUACUGAAGCAGUUGGCAAAUGACGAGCAACAUAGAUUCCCUUCUGCUGCCAAAAUUCUGCAAAGGGAUUUCUACAUGGACGAUCUUUUCACGGGUGGCCAGAACAUCGACGAAGUAAAGAACCUUCGGAAGGAGCUGGAGGAACUUUGCAAGCUUGGCGGUUUCGAAUUACGAAAAUUUGGUUCUAAUGCAACUGCUGUUAUCGACGAGGUACCGAUGGAAAAUCGUGCAAUACAAUCAUCAGUGGAUUUAGAUCGGGAACCAUGUAUUAAAACCUUAGGUUUGAAUUGGGAUCCAUCCGAGGAUCAUUUGCGUUACAAGAUUCAACUCUCUUGCGACCCGGAGAAUUUUGUCUUAACCAAACGAAUUGCCUUAUCCAGAAUUGCUCAAAUCUUCGACCCACUAGGGCUUUUGGGCCCAGUUAUUGUUAACGCCAAACUGUUCAUGCAAUCUCUGUGGACCUUGAAGGAUGGACAAGACAACAUUCUGAACUGGGACGAUCCUCUACCGGAAGCUCUUUCGAAAAAAUGGAACCUCUUCUACUUCAAAUUGCCACAUCUGGAAAAUCUCAGAAUCCCCCGCUGUGUAGUUUUCCCAAACGCAACAUCAAUCGAACUGCACAUAUUCUCAGACGCAUCAGAACGAGCAUACGGAGCUUGUGCGUACGUCCGAUCACGCGACAAUAAUGGUUGUGUUCGCCGAAUAAGUAUACCACGCCUCGAACUUUGUGGUGCGCUCCAUGCUGCCGAAUUGUACACCAAAAUCUGCUCAUCCACUCAGCUUAACUGUCCCACCUUUUUCUGGGUCGAUUCUACCACUGCCCUCGCAUGGUUGAAUUGUUCACCGUCAACAUGGGCAAAUUUUGUUGCCAAUCGAGUCUCCAAAAUUCAACUCGCCACAAUCAACUCCCACUGGAAUCACGUGCCCGGCAGCGAAAACCCAGCAGACCAUGUUUCGAGAGGAAUACCGCCCGAAGAACUUCUUUCAUGUGACAUCUGGUGGCACGGACCGGCUUGGUUAAAGGAAGAACGAGAUGCGUGGCCAUCUACUACUGCUCAACCCGAAAAUUCAACAGACGUGUUACUAGAACAGCGAAAAUCAUCUAUGACGACCACAUUAUGUUCCCCGGAGCCCUCGUUUGUAGAUGAUUUGGUCAAACGAUUCAGUAGCUACCAGCAUCUCCUCCGAGUUACCGCUUUCUGUCAACGGCCAGCGAAAAUAUUUCGACUACCUUCAACCAAAAGAAUCCCCAACUGUGUUCUGUCGGUGGAAGAAAUCAACGAAGCAGAAAAAACGCUUUUUCGAUUAGUUCAGCAGCAAACUUACGAACAAGAUCUCAACCAUCUUCGAAAAGAGCAACCAAUAUCCUCCAAAUCCCGACUGAAAUGGUUCAGUCCUUUCCUGGGCCCCGAUCAACUUCUACGCGUGGGUGGACGAUUAGCAAAUUCCAACCAAAACUACGACACUCAACAUCAAAUCAUCUUGCCAUCAUCUCACCAAAUCACCGCUCUCUUGGUCGAACACUUACAUCGCAAACACUUGCACGCAGCACCCACGCUUCUACUUACCAUCAUUCGACUACGCUUCUGGAUCAUAGGGGCCAGAAGCUUAACGAAAAAAGUGGUGCACAAGUGCUUGCAAUGCUUCAAAGCCAAACCAACAAUGGUGCAGCAAUUCAUGGGAGAGUUGCCACAAUCGCGCGUCACUGCCACCAGACCAUUCGCAGUCACUGGAGUGGACUAUUGGGGUCCAAUACUACUGCAACCACCACACCGGAGAGCAUCACCAAGGAAGGCUUUCGUCGCAGUGUUCAUAUGCUUCAGCACGAAGGCCGUUCAUCUGGAGCUCGUUCCAGAUCUGACCACCAUCAAGUUCCUGCAAGCCUUCAAAAGAUUCGUCGCUCGCCGAGGGCUGUGCACUGAUGUAUACAGCGACAACGGGACGAAUUUUGUGGGAGCAAAGAACGAAAUCAAACGUCUUCUUCGUUCCGAGAAUCAUCGAGCGGAGGUGUCCCAAAGCAGUUCAGAAAUGCAGAUCCGUUGGCACUUCAACCCGCCGAAAGCCUCUCAUUUCGGUGGACUGUGGGAGGCAGCGGUCCAAUCGGCACAAAAACAUUUCAUUCGUGUGUUAGGAACACGCUCCUUACCUUACGAUGAUAUGGAAACGUUACUUUGCCAAAUUGAAUGUUGCCUUAAUUCACGACCAAUAGUUCCUCUCAGCGACGAUCCCUCGGAUUUUGACCCCCUUACCCCUGGUCACUUCCUGACCGGCUCAGCCCUUAAAGCCGUCCCAGACACAGACGUUUCCAACAUCAACUAUGACAGACUCAAACAGUGGCAAAAAGUGCAAAAAAUCGUACAAGAUAUUUGGAAACGGUGGCACUUGGAGUAUCUGUCCACCUUGCAACCCAGAACGAAAUGGUUCCGUCCACCAGUCACUUUUCAACCAGGCCAAUUAGUUCUCCUCCGGGACGAGAAUACUCCGCCAAUGCGAUGGCCAACUGCACGAAUCAUCGAUGUUCAUCCUGGGAACGACGGUAUCAUCAGAGUAGUUUCGCUGCAAACACCGAAGGCAAAAACAACUCGCUGUGUCCAGAAAAUAUGUUUGCUUCCAAUUGCACCACAUCAAAUCCAGAACGACGACAAAACGGAUCAGCUGAUCACCACGGACGACAAAUAG